GUGUGGAUUUUAAUUCCAGUUUGAAAUUUUCAUUUGAUCUCUCUCUGCCUGGGAAGAAAACACCAAGAAAAACUCCAAGUUCUCGCAAGAUCGAAGUGAUGCACGACUAUCAGGAAAAACGGAAUUCCUUGCAGUAUUUUAUUUCGGACAGCGAUGACAGCUUAGAUAUACUGAAAGGCCACGUCAUAAAUGAGCUUAUAGAAACCGAGAGGGUGUACGUAGAGGAACUCUUCACUGUUUUGACGGGCUACAGAGCUGAGAUGGAUAACCCGGCCAUGCUCAUCCUCAUGCCUCCUGUGCUGAGGAACAGGAAGGACGUCCUCUUCGGAAACAUGCCCGAGAUAUACGACUUCCACAACAAAAUUUUCCUGCACAGUUUGGAAAGCUGCCUGGGAGCACCCGAGAGAGUGGGAUUUUGUUUCCUAGACAGGCGGGAGGAUUUCCAGAUGUAUGAGAAAUACUGCCAGAACAAGCCCCGGUCGGAGUCCCUGUGGAGGCAGUGCUCCGAGAGCACCUUCUUCCAGGAAUGCCAAAGGAAAUUAGAGCACAAACUCGGGCUGGAUUCCUAUUUGCUCAAACCAGUGCAACGCCUGACCAAAUACCAGUUACUUCUGAAGGAGCUGCUAAAGUACAGCACGAGCUGUGAUGGAGUUCGGGAACUUCAAGAAGCUCUGGUUGCAAUGUUGGAUUUGCUAAAGUCAGUCAAUGACUCUAUGCAUCAGAUUUCAAUAACAGGAUAUGAUGGUGACCUGAGCGAACUGGGCAAGGUAUUGAUGCAAGGAUCUUUCAGUGUUUGGACAGGACACCGAAAAGGUCCAACAAAAAUGAAGGAUCUUGCCCGGUUCAAGCCAAUGCAGAGGCAUCUGUUCCUCUAUGAGAAAGCCUUGGUCUUCUGCAAGAAGCGAGAAGAGCAUGGAGACGGAUAUGACAAAACCUCAUCUUACAGUUUUAAGCAUUUUUUGAAAAUGAAUGCGGUUGGAAUAACUGAAAAUGUGAAAGGAGAUCACCGGAAAUUUGAAAUCUGGUACAGUGGGCGAGAAGAGGUCUAUGUUGUGCAGGCCCAGACAGUAGAUCUGAAGAUGGCAUGGUUGAAUGAAAUAAGAAAAAUUCUGUUCAAGCAGCAGGAGCUAAUAAAAGUGGAGAAGCAGCAGCCUGGCUCGUGCGUGGACCAGCUCCCGCUCUCCCCGCAGCUGAGCGAUGGAAAGCGGCAGAGAGCCUCCAUAAGCUCAGAAGAGAACGACUCGGAGCGCACCAGCCCGGUGAUGCUGGAGAGUGGGCUCCUGUCCCCCCAGAACAAGCCCCACAGAAGCUGGCCGGGAAUGUCACAGUCCCUGGAAAUCUGCGAGGGGCUGGAGGAGUGGUCGGGUAACCAGUACCUCUCCAACUGCUCGGACACCGAGGAGGAGGAUGGGAACCAGCUGUCUCCAGGAAAAUACAAAGCCCUUGCAGACUGCAAGAGGAGAGGAUCAGAGGACCUGCUGGUGAAAAAUGGGGAUGAAAUUCAGCUUUUGCAUGAAGAUGGUGAGGGACAGUGGUUGGUGAAAAACCUAAACAGAAGAAAAGAAGGCUGGAUUCCUGUCCACAGUCUGCAGAUUGUAGUCGGUGACUGCAGAUUUCGGAAUGCCAAAGUCACAGAUGCUGCCCUGUGUAACACGAGAAAGUUUAGUUCCCCUUGAAAUAAGGGUGAACUAGCAGCAUCCUAUUUUCGAUGCUCUUUGGAAGCUUUCAACUAAGUGUUACAGAGAAAUAGCACAAUAGUUGGAGUUGUCCUGUACUAUUCAUCACAUUCACAGACCUCCACAGCUUCAUCUGCACUGAACGGGACUGGGGUCCUAAGCAGCUUCUCAUAGUCAUAAAGGAAGCCAUUCUCCGCUCUUUCUGUUUUUUUUUCUCCUGUGGAAAGUACAGUAUUUUAUUAUUUUUACCUGCUGUUUUUCCAUGACAUCCAUCAUGUUUCAUCAGAGAAGUACACUACAGUUUCCUGACACUUUGUUUAGAUGCUUGAAGUUUCCUCUACAGGUUGAAGGCUUUACCUGCUUAU